UUACUAUAGUAAUCGUGAAUUGAUAACAAACUCAUGGCCAAUGGCGGAGUUCAAAAUUCUUGUGUUUACUGUCAUGCUGUCAAGUUUCAAUGCAGCCGCGAAGCAACAUUUUUUAUUGAUUAAACUUUUAUAGUAACUAUCUGAUAAAUGUUAGAACACGCAGAGGUUUAUAGGAUACUUUAUAGAAAUGUUUAAAAACACUUUUCAGUCCGGGUUUUUGUCAAUUCUUUACAGUAUAGGUAGCAAACCUUUGCAAAUUUGGGACAAAAAAGUUCGAAAUGGGCACAUAAAGAGAAUUACGGACAACGAUAUACAGAGCUUAGUGCUAGAAAUAGUUGGGACCAAUGUUAGUACGACGUACAUCACUUGCCCGGCGGAUCCAAAGAAAACUCUCGGCAUCAAACUGCCCUUUUUGGUUAUGAUAAUCAAAAACUUGAAAAAGUACUUCACAUUCGAAGUUCAGGUUUUAGAUGACAAGAAUGUACGAAGAAGGUUCCGGGCAAGCAAUUAUCAAUCAACAACUCGGGUGAAACCAUUCAUUUGUACCAUGCCCAUGCGAUUAGACGAAGGCUGGAACCAGAUACAAUUCAAUCUCGCCGAUUUUACACGUAGGGCUUAUGGUACCAACUAUGUUGAGACUUUAAGGGUCCAGAUACAUGCAAAUUGUCGUAUUAGAAGGGUCUACUUCUCUGAUAGAUUAUAUUCAGAAGAUGAACUACCUGCGGAAUUCAAACUGUUCCUUCCCAUUCAGAAUAAAGUUAAAACAGCUGUCGCAACAUGAAAAUGUUGUAAUUGUAAACUAAUGUUAUUAUACAGUAAAUGUAAUUAAUAAGUCAAUUUUAUUUUAUUUUAUUUUCAACUAUGAAGUAUUGUUUUAUAAAGUCAACUUUUCUAUGUAUUUUGUGAUCUGUAAUGCAAAUAAACUGGCACAAAUAAAAAUAUUAGAAUUUGCUUGGAUGCAACAGGCACUUACAAA